AUGGGAAGAGUCGAAAGCCUGUCCAUUAACGCGAAGCAGGCAGGACUGGAUCACAGAAGGUCCCUGAACCAAGUACCAGCUCCCACAGACAACAGCAGCAUAGCGGCUGCAGACGCAUACUUUGUCAGUGUGUCAGCCGACCGCAAUUUUGCGCUCGGCUGCCAGAAAUACUUUAUUGCCGGAUGGAACACGUGGGAGCUGAUGGAAGCUGCAGCUGGAGCGCCUGUGCUGUAUGGAGCAUCGCUACCACUGGGCGUUACCGGGCCACAGCUCAUCCGGGGUCUCAUGGACAAGGCGGUGGGGUAUGGCCUCAAUGUGAUGCGCGCGUGGGCACACUCUGUCUCCGACGGGUACGCGCUGCAGACGGCGCCCAGCCAGUUCAACGAGGCCAUCUUCAGGGGACUGGACUAUGCUCUUGACCAGGCGCGCCGCAGAGGCCUCAAGGCACGCCCCCUCCUUUGUUGA